AAAAUCGGAAAUUCGCCAAAACCCAAAACCCUCCGGAUGUCUCUGGUAGGGCCACAGAAGCGACAAACACAAACCCACGCGCAGUGACGCCCAUCUAUUCAAAGGCAGAGAUCUCAGUGACGCGUGGUGGGCACCGUCUUAAAGAGAGCGUGAAGCACUAUUUUUGUCCACAGUCGGAUCGCUACAGUUCCGGUUCCGGUCGUGAAGUGUAGUUAAAGCUGUGAAGAGCUUCAAUGGAGUCUCAGACGGUGAAAAAGAAGAGAGGAAGGAAGCCUAAGGUCAGGGACUACUACGAAGGCGCCGCAGGAGGGAAGCGCGGCGGCGGAGCCGGAGAGGGAGACGGAGGCGGAAUGAGGGAGAGGGCAAAGUCCGGCCAGCAGCAGCCUGUCGACGACAGCUACAGCCGGUGGAAGAACGUUGUUCCGGUCAUCUACGACUGGCUCGCUAAUCAUAACCUCGUUUGGCCUUCGCUGUCUUGCCGGUGGGGUCCUCAGUUCGAACAUGGUAAUCAUAAGAAUCGACAGCGCCUCUAUCUCUCUGAACAGACUGAUGGUACUGUUCCCAAUACUCUGGUGAUUGCAAACUGUGAAAUUGUCAAACCAAGGGUAGCAGCUGCAGAAUACAUAUCAGCGUUCAAUGAAGAAGCACGUUCACCCUUUGUUAAGAAGCAUAAGACCAUCCUUCAUCCUGGAGAGGUUAACAGAAUCCGGGAACUCCCACAAAGCAAUCGGAUAGUAGCCACCCAUACCGACUGUCCUGAGGUUUUCAUUUGGGACAUUGAAGCUCAACCAAAUCGCCAUGCUGUCCUUGGUGCUGCAGUUUCUCGCCCAGAUUUGAUAUUGACUGGACAUCAAGAUAAUGCAGAAUUUGCACUAGCGAUGUGUCCUGCUGAACCCUUUGUGCUUUCUGGAGGGAAGGACAAGUCCGUAGUUUUGUGGAGUAUUCAAGACCAUAUAUCAACAUUGGCCACUGACUCAGAAACCACUAAACCUCCUGGAUCUGGUGGAUCAAUCAUCAAAUCUAACUCUAACCCCAGUGAGGGUAACGAUAAGCCUGCUGAUAGUCCAUCUAUUGGACCUCGAGGGAUAUUCCAUGGGCAUGAGGAUACAGUUGAAGAUGUGCAGUUCUGUCCUUCCAGUGCACAGGAGUUUUGUAGCGUAGGUGAUGACUCUUGCCUCAUAUUAUGGGACGCACGAGUUGGUUUCAGCCCAGUUGUUAAGGUUGAAAAAGCACAUAAUGCUGAUCUUCAUUGUGUUGAUUGGAAUCCUCAUGACCAGAAUCUUAUCCUAACUGGGUCAGCAGAUAAUUCUGUUUGCAUGUUCGAUCGCCGAAAUCUCACCUCCGGCGGAGUUGGCUCACCAAUCCAUAAAUUUGAGGAUCACAAAGCUGCUGUCCUUUGUGUGCAGUGGUGCCCAGAUAAAUCAUCUGUAUUUGGGAGUUCUGCUGAGGAUGGUUUAUUGAACAUUUGGGAUCAUCAAUUGGUGGGUAAAAAGAAAGAGGGUGGGCCAAGAACACCAACUUCUGCUUCAGGCUUGUUUUUCAAACAUGCUGGUCACAGGGAUAAAGUUGUUGACUUUCAUUGGAAUGCAUCCGAUCCCUGGACUGUUGUUAGUGUAUCUGAUGACUGUGAUGUUAGCGGUGGGGGUGGAACGUUGCAGAUAUGGCGCAUGAGCGAUAUGAUAUACAGGGACGAAGAUGCGGUGUUGGCUGAGCUCAGGAACUUCAAAUCUCAUGUAGCUGAAUGCCCUUCAUGGCAGUAGGAGAAUCAAAAAGCUAUGCAUGACAUGCUUUGCCAAGUCAGUGAUAAAGACUUUGGAAGACUAAAUUUCUCCAUGUCAAUUAAGCUGUUUCUGUGUAUGCUUUAUGUAAGAUGAUGUUUUAGGAGAUUUAAACCCAUGCAAUUUGGAUGUUUAAAAUUCAAUCUGACCUCCUAUGAAUUCUUCCA